AUGAUCGCGAAAGUACUCGUCCUGUUGUGUUUGGCCUCGACGACGGCGGCCCUGGUCGGCCGGACCCAGGCUUCUGGAGUCCGCGGAAAACUCAUCUGCGAUGGAAAACCCGCGGCUGGCGUCGUCGUCAAGCUCUACGAUGAUGAUCGAGGUUGGCUUUUUUUUUGGAUUUUAUCGUCUUCUUUUUCGUGUUGAGUCUCCUUUCUUUAACUUUCUCAAAACCAAAAUAAGACCUUUUAUGUAGUGUAAAAGUUUCAGGUCAAAAACUUAUGUUCCUUUUUAUUUAUCAAUCAGCAUAAAGUUCGAAUGAAAGGUGCAUUUCUGAAUUGUCUUUGUACAGCCGAUUCACGGCUAAGGGUAGGGACCGCAGACAGAUUUUCAAAAAUUUUUUUUCAGCAUUGACCUUCGUAUGGUUUGAUAACUGUUUCGAUUCAAAACUCAGAACCGUUUAGUUUUUUUCGGAAAAAAGAUUGAGGAUGAAAAAAAGUUAUGACGAAAAAAAUGUGGCGCGCCGCGCACCAUUUUUAGUACUGAAAUUUUUGGUAUUAUCCAUUUUUGACAUUUUUUUCUCGAUUUUUUUCUUCUAGAACAAAUUUUUGAUACUGGUCUAUUAUGAUGUAAGAAAUCAUAAUAGAGCUCUAAAAUGAUGAAAAUUUGCUAGUUUGCCGAAAAAGUUGUUAUUUUCCAGAAAACAAAAAACUGACGCUUGCGGGUAUCGAACUCGCGACCUCAAAAUGAAAAAUCGCAGCGCACGCGCUGCGCCAAGCUGUUAGGUCUAGCGAGGGGAGCUUCCAUCCGCCAUACCCUUGAGCCGUUUGAAUAGCACAGAUUGCCUAUUUCAAAAAGAAAAGUUUGAAGUAAUUUAGCUAUUUUUUUCAGAAUAUGUUCGCAAAUCUUUACUCAAACUUUUCGUGGAAAUUCACUUCGAAAAAAACAGUUUUUUUCAGUGCUUUUUUUGCCUCGUUUAACGAUCACUGCAUUAAAAACGGCCCCGUAAAUUUUUUUGGCAAAGACGAAUUUUUUUUAUUUUAUUCUUUUAAUUGAAAGAUUUUUUUUACUAAUAAAUGUAUAUAAUCGUUUGAAAAAAACCUGCGUUCGACCGCUUUCUGUGUGAUAAACGCCGCUAAUUUUAUUCUCUAUUUUCAAGUGCAUUUUUUUGCGUAUUAAACAACUUUUUUUCCAGCACAUAUGCUGUGGAGAAAAAAAUUUAAGUAAGCCUAUGGUCUAACUUUUUGAAAAAAACAAAAAAACUCGAUUAUAUUCGCUUAUUAACGAUAUUUUUGAAUUAUGACUUUCGGCACUCCCUAAAAUUUUUUUGGCAAAGACGAAUUUUUUUACUUUUAUUGUUUUAAAAUUACCGUUACUUGAAUCAAAAAUCAUUAUAUAAAAAAAGAAAGAGUGCGUUCGACCUGAAAAACACAUGAAAAAGCAAAAAAUGACAAAAUUUUUUAGUUCCAUUCACGUUUUUGUACGACAUUCCGCGAGAACGCAUCAAAAAAGCGUGAAAUAUUUUUUAAACGAAAGAGGAAGCUUUUCUGUACAUGUGUGUCAAAUUUUAUUCGCCAGUUCCACAUAUUUUACAACUACAACAAAAUGAAAGUUGAAAACCAAAAAAAGCCCCUUUUUCUAUCGCGAAAAGGGGCGUGGCUUUGCGGUCCCUAGCUAAGGGGGCGUGGCCUGUCUGAGCUCUCCACGAGCCAGACACUAUCUUGUCAGGACCCUUUUUCCGAUGGCUCAAGACAGCCGUGAAUCAGCUUUAAGGCUUCUCCUAUCUAUUCAAAACGAAUGGAAAUUCAGGAAAGGCCGCGAAAUACCCGAUUUUCAACAUCCAGUUCCUUUAGAUUUAAAAAAAGGAUUUUUUGGAAUCAAGAGAUGUUUAAUAAAGCCUAGUUAGCAUUAGAAGAGCGAAAUCGUGUUUUUCUUCAAAUUUUCACUCUGGGAGAUUUUUAACCAGUUCAAAUACGUCAACUGAUGAAAGAUAUACGUUGAUUUUUUUGAAAAUUCAAAAAUUGGAUUUUAAAAAAAGAGCGUUAAAACCACAAUAUACACUUUAAAAUUCAUGAAAUCCAAGUUUGGCCGACGAAACUUGAGAUCAAAUUUUGGGUACCUUUCUUUAUAUUGCAGAAGAUCUUGAGCAGAUUUUUAUACUCUAUGUUUCUGUGCGAAAGUAGUUUUUGGUCGGGUGCGCUGAGAAAUUAGCCAGAAGCUUCGCGUAGGAAAAUUGGCAUGAAACUACAAAAAAGCGUUUUCUCAGGCGAACCCUGAGAAGGCUUUGGGAAGGUAACCGGCAAGAGGUUGGAAGGUACUUGGAGGGUGAAAAUGAAAAAUGACUGCCAGAAGCCUUCCAGAAGCCUGCUGGAAAGCUUCUGGCCGGCUUCUGAGAGGCUUCUGGCAGUCAUUUUCUGAUUCAUCAUUCUAAAAAGACCGAAAUUGAACAGUUUGAACGUCAGGCCUCGACGCCGACGAUCUGAUGGCUUCUGGAAAGACCAACGCCAACGGCGAAUUCGAGCUUUCUGGCCAUGAAGACGAAACGACGCCCAUCGACCCCAAACUCAACAUCUACCACGACUGCAACGAUGGUAUCAAGGUAAUUUUAUCGUUUUUUAAAGGCUUUGGGGAAAGAUGCACUUGAUCUCAUGACUUUACUUGGAAAAAAAUUUUGAAAAUGUUUGCUCGGUAAUUUUUUUUAAUUUUCCAAAAAUCAAAUUACGGUGGGUGAAAAGCUUACGGUAAAAAUCCCAAAAAGUCAAAUCCCGUCGAAAAAAAAAAUGAAUUAUUCUCGAUUGAAAUCUUACAGAAGAUGUAAUGCUUCUCCUAAAAACACCUCACGAUUGCUCUUUGUUGCUCAUGUUAGAAUUUUUUUCAUUUUUCAAGAGCAAGGGCUGUAGGAUUUUCUAGCUAAAACUCAAAAAAUCGAGAAAAGUAGUCAUUUUUGAAAGAUUCUUGUUGCUCAUGUUAGCAUUAUUUUUCUGGCUUUUUUUCAAGUUAAUGCAAAAAAUGAGUAAUUGUCCAUGGGAGUACCAAAAAAUCGAGAAAAUAGCCGUUUCCGAACCAUUUUUGUUGCUCAUAUUAGCAUUAUUUUCCAGACUUUUUUUCAAUUUUUCAAGAGCAAGAGCUGUAGGAUUUUCUAGCUUGAACUCAAAAAAUCGAAAAAAUUAGUAAUUUCUGAACCAGUUUUGUUGCUCAUUUUAGCAUUAUUUUCCUGAAUUUUGCCAAAUUUUUUAUGCUGAAACUAAGGAAAUUUUCUAUCUGAGAUCUGAAAAAUCAAAAAAGCUGUCAUUUUCGACCGAUUUUUCAGCCCUGCCAGCGCAAGUUCACCAUCAAGAUCCCGGAUAGCUACAUCACCCCCGGAAAGGUAAUAUUCACUCAAUAUAUCUAAUUUUGAUACAUUAUUUAAUUCUUCAGGUCGCCAAGAAGAUCUAUGAUGCCGGAACCAUCCAGCUUGCCGGAAAGUUCCCCGGAGAGGGACGCGAUUGCCUUCACUAA